CGAAUUAACAAUUAUUAAUUUAAAAGUAUAUUAAGUUCCAUAGAAUUUGAAUUACAAGGCAUCUAAAUACCUAUGUACUGAGUAUAUACUAUAUACUUAUUAUGACAUUUUGAGGUUAUCAAAUUGAUUACGUUCUAUAAGAAAGAAUGCCAGUGCUGUACAAAUCGGACGCCAGCCCGCCGGCGAGGACGGUGCUGAUGGUGAGCGAGCUGCUCGGCGUCGAGCUGGAGUUGCGGGAGCUCAACCCGGUGCUGCGCGAGCAGGACGCGCCGCCAUAUCGCCAGAAAAACCCUAUGCGGACCGUCCCAGUGCUAGAUGAGGGGGAUUUCAGUCUGGCUGACAGUCAUGCAAUCGUCCUAUACCUCAUAGCAAAGUACGGGAAACCAGAACAUAUGUACCUUUACCCUGACGACAUCAGAAUACGAGCUAGAAUUCAUCUAAUUUUGUUUUUUGACUGCGGAGUGCUGUUUCCAAGACUGCGAACUGUGAUGGCUCCAACAUACGGCGGCAAACUGGGCGAGUUGUCCAAACGCAUGAUACACAAUAUAGACGACGCCUAUCAGAUGCUUGAGGAGUACUUAAACGACGGAUCCUACUUGGCAGGAGAUGCAAUGACGAUAGCAGAUUUGAGUGUACUUACCACUAUAUCUUCGUUGCAUGGACUACAUCCUGUAGAUGAGAAAAGGUUCCCCAAACUAACGCGCUGGCUCGAGAACAUGAACCAAAAGGAAGUAUGCCAAAGGAUCAACGCGCCGGGCAGUCAGCUGCACGUUGAAGGACUAAAAGCCCUGAUGGCACACCAUAGAGAAAACCAAAAGUCCAAACUUUAGAACAAUAUUACAUGUGAAAAUCUGUUUCCGCUUUACCAGGUGGUUUCUGGUGGGUUGCAUGCUUCUUUGUUUGAUUAGUGGUAUAUGAACUUCAUUAUUGCGAAAUUUGUAUGAUGAAACCAUUGAAAAGUCAAGGUCAACAACGUAUGGCGAAGCGAUAGACUUUUUUAGACAAAUUAAUAAUCCCCGACUUGCAAUAUUCAUUUCGCUACAACUUUUGAACGGCUGAAUCGAUUUAUAUCAAACAUAGGUAUCUAAGAACCACCAACUAAAAAAAAUGCAUCCAAAUCGGAUCACCCGUUGAUGAGCUACGGUGCCACGUACACAGACAGACACACUUAGCGGUCAAAAUAAUAACACCCCUCUUUUUGCCUCGGUGGUUAAAAAAGGCCUAAAUAUAUCCACAAUCCACUCUCACCUGCAGCUCAGAAACGCCGAGGGUGAAGUGAUUGACUUACGAUCGAAGUGUAAACUUUGCUUUCCAUUUCGAUUGCGAGGAAAUUUAAACAUAUUAUAUUACAAAUGUUUAUUUAGUUACUUCGUUGAACUCGAUAUGAAAUAUACGGAUUACUCAGCUUGCUCCACAUGUCUUGGCCUCCAUGGGAGCCCACAAAAAUGUAGACGAUUGAGAUUUUUGUUAUUACGGUUAGGGUUGAAAAUGUUAUUUUUAUUGUUACGUAAAAACAAAAUACACAUAAGAAUCACA